ACAGUAUCAAGGAAACGCUUAUAUAGCAAACUAGCCUUAGAAGCACAGUAUCGUACUUAAAAGCAACAAACAAGAAUAUUAGCUUCCUCGUCUUUUUGCGAAUACAGCUGAAUAGCAAAUGAAGGAACAAGUCUACACCAACACGCAACCCGUAAAAAUUUGCGGAAUUGACUUUGGUGUUUUCGACCAUGUAGACAUGGCUAAACUUUCUCAUGUACGACUAGUUAAUUCCCAACUUUUCAGCCCUUCUGAUAGAAGCCCUUUAAAAUUUGGUGUGUUGGACAGGAAGAUGGGCGUUUGUGACAGGACCAUUGACUGCGAAACGUGUGGUGCAAAUCUUCGUGACUGUCCUGGUCAUUUUGGUCAUGUGGAACUUGAGUUGCCGGUGUAUCAUAUCGGUUAUGCUUCGUUUAUUUUCAAGAUCCUGCAGUGCAUCUGCAAAGUCUGUAGCCGCGUGUUAUUACCUCAAGAUCAGAAGAUGCAACACAUUAGACGCUUCAGAGACAAAAAUAUCGACAUGUUACUUAAGAAGGAAUUUUUCAAAAAGCUGUUAGCUCUUUGCUUGAAGGUCACUACUUGCCCUUAUUGCAAUUCUCCUAACGGAAAAGUAAAAAGGGUGUCCCCUUGGAAAUUUGUCCAUGAAAAACACACGCAGAAAGGCGAAAAGGGCGCGCUGCUUCUUUUGGAAUCGGGCCAGUCAGUUUCGGACUUGAAGACUUUGCUUGGCCGAACUCCCGAACUUAUCAAUCCUCUGCGGUGUAGAGAACUUUUUCAAAACAUUUCAAACGAUGAUUACGAGUUGUUGCUUUUGGAUGCAAAAAGAUGCUCUCCAGAAAUGUUUUUAUUAAAUUACAUUUCAGUCCCUCCUCUGUGUAUCAGGCCUUCGAUUCCGAGUGCUCUCGGGGGCAGUAACGAGGAUGAUCUGACUAUCACUAUGAGAGAGAUUAUCGAUAUCAACUCGCGGCUGAAGCAGAUGAUAGCACGUGGUCAUAACCUCGCGGCGAUUAUGCAGGAGUGGGACCAUUUGCAGUACACUACCGCCAUCUACUUCAUGGGCGAGAUUUCCGGCCUUUCUAGGACUCAACCUAACCAGAAGCCAAUCAGGGCUCUCAGUACCCGUCUGAAAGGAAAGACUGGCCGGUUCCGAGGGAAUUUGUUAGGAAAGCGAGCUGAAUUCACCGCGAGAACUGUUAUUUCGCCCGACCCGAAUAUACGGAUCGACGAGGUGGCAGUUCCUGUGAAGGUAGCCAAAGUGUUAUCGUUUCCCAUGCGCGUGACGGCCCACAACAUGGAAGAGUUGAAACAGAUGAUUAUCAAUGGCCAAGACAUUCACCCAGGAGCCAAUCGUGUGCUUUCUAAACAUAAAGAUCGUAGCUAUUACUUGGCUACGUCGCGUCUGCAACGCAUGAAAAUCGCAGAUGCCUUGGAAUGCGGGAUGGUGGUGGAGAGGCACGUGGUCGAUGGCGAUGUUGUCCUCUUCAAUCGUCAGCCUUCCCUGCACCGUUUGUCCAUCAUGGCGCAUUUUGCACGUGUAAUGCCUGGCAAAACAUUUCGGUUCAAUGAGUGCGUGUGCGGCCCGUACAAUGCCGACUUUGAUGGAGAUGAGAUGAAUUUGCACGUUCCACAGACCGAAGAGGCAAGGGCUGAGGCCCUGACUCUUAUGGCGACUAAACAUAAUCUAAUUACCCCGAGGAACGGAGAGCCCGUUAUUGCUGCCAUUCAGGACUUUAUUACUGCCUCUUAUUUUUUGAGCCGGAAGGACGUCUUUUUCGACCGCUCGCAAUUUACACAACUUUGCUUCUAUUUCAGCGGAGGCGACUACACUAUCGAUUUACCUCCACCGACUAUUUUAAAAGUUUAUGACUCCACACCUCCUUGCGACUCUCACCUAAUUCCUUUGUUAAAGCCCAUCGUGCUGUGGACAGGAAAGCAGAUAUUCGAUUGCUGGCUGAAGCCCAAUAAAAACUGUCAUGUGUUAGUCAACUUGAAGGCGCAAGGCAGGACAAAGUCGGGCCAGAAACAGGGCAGCAGACGGUUCAUGUGUCCAAGAGAUAGCUUUGCGAUAAUAAGGAAUAGUGAGCUCUUGUGCGGUGUAAUGGAUAAAACAUUGGUGGGCGGAAGCAAGUCUAGCGUUUUCCAUAUUCUUCUACGUGACUAUGGCGUCGAUGUCUGCGCAGAUAGGAUGAGCCGAUUGGCUAGACUGUGCUCUCGCUUCUUAGGCAGUAGAGGCUUUUCCAUUGGUGUGUCAGACGUCAUUCCAGGCAAACGCUUGUUUGGUUCGUUUUCGAUGGGCACAUUAGUAUUAUGUUAUAAGUGCAUAUCAGCAUUUAAAGAGAACCUGGUAAGAAGAGGCUACGAAAAGUGCAAUCGUUAUAUUAAGGACUACCAAGAAAAAAAGUUGAACCUCCAACCUGGUCUAAACGAGUUGGAAUCCCUGGAAGCUAAGUUAAACGGCACGCUCUCGGCCAUCCGAAAAGAUGCUGGUGACGUUUGCCUUACUGAGCUCCCCCGGUACAACGCUCCCAUGUUGAUGGCGCUUUGCGGCUCUAAAGGUUCGGACAUUAACAUUUCGCAGAUGAUCGCCUGCGUUGGACAGCAAACCGUCAACGGUACGCGAAUACCUAAUGGGUUUGAAGACCGUUCGCUACCACAUUUUCAUAGACACUCCAAAGCACCUGCAGCUAAAGGGUUCGUUGAAAACAGUUUUUUUUCUGGGUUAACGCCCACAGAGUUUUUCUUUCACACUAUGGGUGGGCGAGAGGGUCUUGUAGAUACAGCCGUCAAAACUGCGGAAACGGGGUAUAUGCAACGCCGAUUAACUAAAGCUUUAGAAGACCUUUGCGUUAUGUACGACAACUCUGUGCGUAAUAGCCUCGGCGAAGUUGUUCAGUUUAAAUACGGAGACGAUGGACUUGAUCCAGCCAAUAUGGAGGGAAAAGACCAACCCUGCGACUUUCAACGGGUUUACAUGCAUGCGAAGUAUAAAACUCGCAGAAAGGAUAACAUCUCGCGUGGCCUCUCCUCUAGCGAGUUAACUGCUCUAAUGAACCAAUAUAUUAACUCUCCCCUAUUGGAGUCUUGCAAUCCUCUUUUUAAGAACAAUAUGCGGGCCUUUCUUCAUAGAAAAAUCCAGAAGAUUCAUGCUCUCACUGAGCAGGCUAUGAAAAUGCAUAAUAGCAAACAGCAGAGAACGCGCCUUCGCCUAAUUGAACAAACAAAAAGGAUUACUGGGCCUCAUCUUGCAGAAUUCUUCAAAAUUUGUGCUCAAAAGUAUGAACGGUCCAAAAUGGAACCCGGUACUGCCGUUGGAGCACUGGCCGCUCAAAGCAUUGGGGAGCCCGGAACACAAAUGACUUUAAAAACCUUUCAUUUUGCCGGUGUCGCUAGCAUGAACAUUACUCUGGGUGUUCCUCGUAUUAAGGAAAUAAUCAACGCAACCAGAAAUAUUCACACGCCGAUCAUUACAGCCGAGCUCGUAAACGGCGAAUCUGUGGGGUUUGCCCGCGCUGUCAAGGGGAAAAUUGAAGUUACUUUCUUAAAGGAUGUCUCUCAGUACAUUCAGGAGGUCAUCCACUGCGACGUCUGCUACAUUACUAUCAAGCUUGACAUGGCAAGAAUUGAGUUGUUGAAGCUUGAAGUUACGGUCAACACUGUAAUGGAUUCACUGCUUUCCAGUUCCUCGAAGCUAAAGUUGAGCGCUCAGGUGGAUGUCCAGCCCUCUCAGAACGAUCUGAUUAAGGUGUAUGUGCCGACUUCCGAGUCGAACUUGCUUUAUCGACUGCAGUCACUAAAAAGGAGGCUUCCGCAUGUAGUGAUAGCGGGCAUUCCUAGCAUAUCUAGGGCGGUAAUCAACGACAGAGGCUCUGCUUCCAGCGCCCUUCCUCGGUAUAAUCUGCUAGCAGAAGGGGUCGGCUUGAGGAGAGUCAUGACCACACGAGGUGUUAACGGGCUGCAGACUGAGACGAACCACAUCAUGGAGAUGGUGGACGUUAUGGGAAUCGAAUGUGCAAGAGCGACCAUCAUCGACCAGAUCCAGUACACCAUGUCUGAGCAUGGCAUGCAGAUUGAUACCCGGCAUACCAUGCUACUGGCCGACCUGAUGACCUGCAAGGGUAAAGUCCUCGGCAUCACACGCUUCGGUAUAGGCAAAAUGAAGGACAGCGUUCUGAUGCUCGCCUCCUUCGAGCGCACCAGCGAUGUUCUUUUCGACUGUGCACGUCAUGGGAUGACCGACCCCCUCAAUGGCGUGAGCGAAUGCAUCAUACUGGGGAUGCCCAUGAACAUCGGCACUGGCCUGUUCAAACUCUUGAAGGAAUACGAAAAACCAGUUUUCCCGUCGAGGCCUUUAUUAUUUGAUGUGCCUUCCCUCCAUCUCCCUCACUAA